AUGCGUAAAAACGCAAAAUUCAAGGAGAAGAAAGAGAAGAAAAGCGAUGAAAAUCACCGAUUGAAACAAGAAAGAGGAAGUAGAGAAGCAAAGAGAAGAGCUUCUGAUCCAGAGCAUAGCAAUAUUGGAAAUGACAAUUAUACUGACUACAAAGGCAGGAAGGCAGAUCAAAGAAAGCAUGGUGGAGUAAGAGCUGCUUCCAUUGCAUGUGUUGUAGAGAUUAUGUUGAGCUUGAUCACCUCAUGCAAUGGAGUAACCUUAGUUGACUAUUUUUUCAAGUCAAUGCAUUAUUCAGUUGCUGAAUCUUCAAACAUGGUUACCAACUUCUUGGGAACGGCCUAUUUGCUUAGCAUUAUUUGGGGGUUUAUUAGUGACUCUUACAUAACAAGAUUCACUACAUUCUUAGUUUCUGGUACCUUACAAUUGAUGGGACUAAUGAUGCUAACAUACCAAGCACAAAACCCUAAUUUGCAACCACCAGAAAAUAAAACACCAUCCUAUAUUCAAGCUCUUUUUCUUUUUACUGGACUUUAUGCUAUAGCCGCGGGACUUGGUGGAAUGAGAGCUACCUUAGCUGCACAUGGUGCUGAUCAACUUGAUCACAACAACAAGAGCCUCAUUUCCUCUUACUUCAGUUGGUAUUUCUUUAGUUUAAUCACAGGAGGACUUUUGGCAACAUGUGUUAUGGUUCCAAUUGAACAAAAAUAUGGGUGGAGUACAAGUUUUUUUAUAUUGCUUUUUGUUGCAAGUUUAGCAUUGUGCACUUUUGUGUCUGGCUUUCCUUUGUAUAGAUAUAAACGACCUUCUGGAAGUCCUUUAACUCAGAUCAUUCAGACACUUGUUACUUCAGCUGGGAAUAUAAAGGUGUCAACUGGUGGAAGUUUGAAUCAUGAUGUGACAGAACUAUUACUUGCUGGAGACCAAUCCCAUGAUAAAUUCAAGUAA